AUGGAGUUCAGGGCCGUUCGCAUGGCACGUGCGGGCUGGCGAGGCCUUGCGCCACUAGGCGAGCUUAAACUCGGGACGGCCGUUCAAACCUGCUGGGAAGUUCCCUUCACCAAAGGCAGGAUCUGUGCGAGGGCCGGCAACGUCGAACGCGUCCGCGGUGGGCGACCAGGGGAAGAUGGGACGGGUUUGGGGAGCGGGAGCGGACUGUCUAGGAGGUAUUUGGCUGGUUGAGGUACUUGGACCAGGUCGAGGGAAGUGCCGUGCUUGGGUACUGUGUCGUUGGCACC